AGCGUCACGGCCCUGACAAGAUGGCCGAGAGUACGGGACGAAAGUGAGGGAGGAAACAAAAACAGAGGCUAAAGGAGCUGCCGCCGUGUGAGCUGUAGAGGACCAGAGGACACGGUACCGUGGACACACGGCCCGGGAGGAGCGGUCCUGAGGCGGGUUUGGAGGUGGACAGUCGCGGUAUGCGGACAGUCCCAGAGGCAGCGCGCUGACAGAGCGUUUGUCAGGUCGUCUGUGGUGUUAGCUAACGAGCUAACCAUGUUAGCUAGCUGACAACACUGUGGAGUUUAGAGGUUUAACAGAGUGACAGCGGGACAGAGCAGAGACACAGGGCUGUAGUCUCACACACAGGACUGUAGUGUCUCUGUGGGACACACGUGUGGAGGUAGUGGUUUGGACAUCACUCUUUUAUGAGGGAAACACAAGUUCACCUGAUGCUAGUGCAGUUACCUCCUCCGUUAGCAUGCUAACAUUGCGGAUUUCUCCGAAUUAGCCAAACCGCUAUGAGCUCAGUCAACUCCUAACGGCUCCUGAAGUGACCUGAAAGAGAAACAAGAGGAACUGGGACAGGAAAGUGUCUCUGAGCGAACACAGGCUCCACACAGGACUGCUACAAUAAACUUUGAGAGACUUCACAAAGACAGAGCUCUGUCCACAGACCUGAGCCCCGCGGAGAGAGACAAGAACAACAACAACAUCAAGAACAACACAACAACAACACAACAAGAACCACAACACCACAGCAGCAUGGCCCACUCCCCAGUACAGGGACACCUGCCAGGGAUGCAGAACACUAAAGUGGACCCAGAGGAGCUGUUUACCAAGCUGGAGCGCAUUGGCAAGGGCUCGUUCGGCGAAGUGUUCAAAGGCAUCGACAAUCGCACGCAGAAGGUCGUGGCCAUCAAAAUCAUAGACCUGGAAGAAGCCGAGGACGAGAUCGAGGACAUCCAACAGGAGAUCACUGUCCUGAGCCAGUGUGACAGCCCCUUCAUCACCAAGUACUACGGCUCGUACCUCAAGGACACAAAACUAUGGAUCAUCAUGGAAUACUUGGGUGGAGGCUCAGCAUUAGACUUGAUGGAACCUGGACCGUUGGAUGAGAUACAAAUCGCGACCAUCUUGAGAGAGAUCCUGAAGGGUUUGGAGUAUUUGCACUCGGAGAAGAAGAUCCACAGAGAUAUUAAAGCGGCUAACGUUUUACUGUCGGAGCAAGGAGAGGUCAAGCUAGCGGACUUCGGCGUGGCGGGUCAGCUCACGGACACCCAGAUUAAACGCAACACCUUUGUGGGCACGCCGUUCUGGAUGGCGCCGGAGGUUAUCAAGCAGUCUGCGUACGACUCGAAGGCCGACAUCUGGUCUCUGGGCAUCACGGCCAUUGAACUGGCGAAAGGCGAACCUCCGCACUCAGAGCUUCACCCCAUGAAGGUUUUAUUCCUGAUCCCAAAGAACAACCCGCCCACACUGGAGGGCAACUACAGCAAACCGCUCAAGGAGUUCGUCGACGCUUGUCUCAACAAAGAGCCCAGUUUUAGACCAACUGCCAAAGAGCUGCUGAAGCAUAAGCUGAUUGUACGUCACGCGAAAAAGACGUCGUACCUGAUCGAGCUGGUGGACAAGUACAAGAGGUGGAAAGCAGAGCAGGCCAGAGCCAACGAUUCCAGUUCAGAUGAAUCAGACUCGGAGCAGGACGGCCAGGCGUCGGGCGGGAACGAUUUCGGCAGCGACGACUGGAUCUUCACCAUCAGAGAGAAGGACCCCAAGAAGCUGCAGAACGGGGAGGGGCAGUCGGGAGCAGCGGACAAGACAAAAGACAUUCCAAAGAGGCCUUAUUCACAGAGCCUGACCACUGUCAUCUCUCCUGCAUUAGCUGAGCUGAAGGCGCGGCAGGAGCAGGUGAACGGUAACCCCAUGGUCCUGGACGAGCUGAGGGAGGCCAUCUUAUUGGCUGAAGAGGCUUAUCCCGGGAUCUCCGACUCACUCGUGGCUCACAUGGUCCACAGACUCCAGAGUUAUUCGACAAGCAGGACGUCUUCCUCCUCCACCUAGUGACCGCUCGGCUACCGCAGACCAGCGCAACCCUUCACGCAGCAGCCAUGUUUUCGCCAGCAGGGGUCACUCUAAACCAGCUGAACACAUUUGACCACCUGCUUUUGAGAGAGGCAGUCAACCAAGUCUGUAAAAAAACAAAAAAAACAAAAAAAGUAAAGCUGAACUCCAGACACUUGCUAGCAGUGCACUGAGAAACUCUUGGAAGGAGCUUUUUGUAGUUUUUAGACGGCGGUGGAACCCGGGGGGACGCUUCUUAGGGUUGCCAGACUUUGUAAAUGCUCCACUUGCAGCGCCUGAAUUUUUCUCAACAAAGAGCUGAAAAAUCUCCCCUAAUUCACGACAGGAUUCCUCCACUUCUCCUCCUCCUCCUCCUCCGCUGAAUGCAGGCGUCACAUCCCCCCAUAGCCGUGGAAAGCAUGACGAGCUGUGCAAAUGGGUGCGAGCGUGCUUGCGUGUGUGCUCUCCGACUCCCCCUAGAGGCAAAAAAAAAAGAGCAUUCUUAACGAAACCUCAGGUAAAGUGCUUUAAGUGGAGAGGAGGGGUCGCCAUGCUGUACCUGUACAUGAUUACAACUAGUUUUUGUUUUGUUUCGGGGGGUUUAAGAAAAAAAAAACAAAAUCACUGUGUACAAAAUGGUCGUGUGCAUUUUGUAGAUACUGAUCAUGUUUAAAAAAAAAAAGUAGGUAUUUAAAAUUUUCAAAAACUCCAACAGAAAGAAACGGAAAAUGCCUUGGGUUUUUCAGAUCUUCACAUUUUUUUCUUUUUUUUUUUUUUUGUUUAAUUACGUCUGUGCGUCCGUUUAUUUCCGUUCAGUAUUUCAGUGGUUCAAAAAAACGGAUCCGAUUUACCGUUUCAGUCUCCAGCCGAGCAACAAAACGCACUGUUUAGGAGUAGAAGACGAUCUUUCGCGUGGGCGGAGGGAGAACUCGUGCUGUUGCCGCGUAGACGUCGUCGUCGGAGGAGGUCAGCGGCGCUUCUGAAACGACUCUGAAAAUGUCCGAUCGACGUUAAAAUUCAAAUUACAACGUCUGACUGAACCCUGACCGCAAAGUGUUCUCCUCGCUUGUUAUUUUCCCCUUAGCAUUAUGUGAAAAAGUAACGUGGAGGUGACAACUUUUGAGGCAAGGACCGUAACCGCAAAUCAGGCCAAAACUUGCCAACUUCAGAUGCCAUUUUGAAUCGUCUAAACUUCGUCUCGCUUCCUCACGACGUUAGGAGUGCCAUGUCCUCUCUUUUCUCUCACCGGACGUUUCGUUUGAGUUGCACCUUUUUUCUAAUUUCAGAUCCUGUUUUUUUUUUUUUUUUUUGCACUUUUGGAAGUGUGUGAAGUAUUAAAAAAAAGAAAAAAAAGAAAAUCUGUAUUAGGAACAACAAAUAAAAGUCGCUAAUAGCCAUGUUUUACUAUAUAUGUUUACUUAAGAGUUCCAGAAUUUACUACUACUGUGCUAAUGCAGCAAUAAUGUUGAGGAGUUGCUUCAAAACGCACUUGUCAACACAGGGAUUGAAAGAAAUAUCUGAAAUAUUUUUAUAACUGAAAAGAGUAAGUAUGGAUUAUGGAAUGCUUUAUGGAAAAAUGGGCGAAAAUAUCUAUACGUUACAGAAAACAUAUGCUACGAAGAACUGUACAUUUGGCCUCCUUUAUUAUAGCGGUUUAUAGUACUGUAUAUAAUCUUUGCUUGUGUCAUCUGAGAAUUCCCAAGUUUAAAUGUAAGCUCCUUGUAAGCUUUCAAAGUGACAUGAGAAAUAAAGAUCUAAUGCUAACGAAA